AUGACGACGGAGGCUCAAGAAGAGCUCGCAAACGUCUUGCGUUCUGGCUCAUUUCUCCUCGACACGUCUGGCACAACCGAACGCGAUCUCAAAAAUGUACUCGUGCGCAGACUCACGCAAUACCACCAAGCAUUCGAAUCCUCCGGUCCUUCAGGUUCUUUUGAUACAGUGGAGGAUGCCCAACUUGAAACUGCUCAAUGUGCUCUGCACGUUGUCGAGCGCGUUCAAUCUCUUCUAAACCUACCAGAUCUCCUGCAAGAAGGUGGUCUGAAAAGCGCACCAGCAAUAGGGACACGCGACCUUGGUACACUCCGCACCCUUAUGUCUCUUAUCUUUCGCUGGGGAACUGAAAUGCUUUACACGCGUCUCACCCCUUUGUUAUCGUCUAAACCAAUUUCUGGAACCCCAAAAAUUAUCGACCUCACGAACACGCCCGCCGAUUACGCUACACUCUCUGACCUGCUUUUGCGCCUCAUGGGUCUCUUGUUCCCAAAUGGCCCAAAUAGUACACCACCUCAGACGCUAAUUAGCAGUACACUACUGUCAAGUCAUGCAGUUGAUCUGUUACGCCCGAGUAUGGCCCUCGGAUGGCUACCUAGUGAACCCGUCGAGUCUCUCCGCCCGCUCGUGCUCCGUCUCCUUGCCUUCAUUCCCCUCCCACAACUCAUGACAUCCCUUGCUACAGUCCUCUCCACCCCUAACUCUGCAACACCACCCCAUGUCCGUAAACUCUGUUCAUCUCUCCUCACCCAACACCUCCUCCGUCCAGGUGGUGUGGGUGCCCUCUGUGCUGCUGUAUUUGGUGAGCUCGAUGUGGAAGACGAACCGGAACUCGAUAAGCUGGAGCAUGUUGCACGCGUGCUAGGAACAGUACCUCGAGGGAUGCAACCCAAGCAUUACUUCCAAACAAUAACCCCGCGCAUCCUUGCUCUCAUUUCUCCGCCUUCCUCCUCUUCUGCCUCAUUACCAACAACGCACGCCACAUUCAAACGCGCCGCGGCAUUUGCUCUCGCGCGCAUGCUGGACUCCAGUUCCACGCAUCACGCACUCGUGGCAAGCAUAGCCUUUCCCAUUUUACACAACCCCCUUUUUAAAGUCUCCGAUGAGACCUCGCACGACCAGAGGGAAUCAGAUGAAAAUUACCUUCUACCUACCCCAUCAUCAUCCCUUCAAACCAUUCACACUAUCCUGUUAUCAACCGAUCCAUCGCCCUCUCUAUUCGCCUCCCUCCUUUCGCCCAUCCUCCCUUUUCUGUAUUCCCUUCAUGCGCACCUCAGUAAAAUGGCUGUAGCAGAUCCAAUACUGAAAGAGGAUGUUUGGUCAUUGAUGAGGACAUGGGGACGAGUUGUGGAGGAAAGCGAGGGAGUUCGAGUGUUGUGGUCAUUAGUGGAUGAGUACGAAAGCUCUUCAGGAGGGUGGGAAGGAGGAAGUGCGGAAGAUAUAAAACGUGUAAGGAGGGUCAACAGAGAAGAGAAACUCGCACUUCUUACGCCGGAGGACUUGCGGCAUGCCUCCGUCACUGAGGACACGGAUAUAGAGUCAUUGGACUUGGGACUUUACCUACCACCUAUGCACUUUGUCUCCUACAUCAAGAACCUCGAUCGUGCAGAUAUCGCAGGGGGCAUGUUCGUGAGAUUGCUGGAGGCAUAUCGCACUGCGAAGGGGUAUGGCUCUGUUGAUGAUACGCCAGACCGCGACAUCAAUGGAGAAACACAGAGUAUAUUGAUGGAUCUAAAGGAACCUGAUCCACUCCAAGUGAUGCUCCUUCUCCAACUCAUCAUAGCCUUCCAAUCUCAGCUGGACAACACCGCUAUCCUGAGUCGCCCGAGGGAUGUAUUAGAAUUUGUGAGGCACGCAUUAGAGUCUGAUACACUCUCCUCCGCAGCCGUAUCUGGUACGUCAGAUCAAGGCAUAAACGACAAAUGCAGCAAGGGCCUUUUGAGGGAGGAUCUAAGAAUCGUACCAGAUGAGCAGCCUGAGGAUGACCUAGAAAUCGGACCAGAUAGCGACGACGAAGACGAUGGAGAGAUUGAGGGUGAAGAUAUGACAGAGACUGCUAUUGGAUUGUUGUUGGCUGUACUUGAAGCCAAUCCCUCACUCACCCCGAACAACACGCCCUCUCUCACACCAAUCCUCGACCUUCUGAAGGCGCACACACCGACCCGGUCAAGCGCACGCGAGGCACAGUUAGUGUUGACGGUGAGGAUGGCAGAGGGGGCGUCAGUCGCACCGGAGUCUCAAAAAAAUAAGGGGACGUCUAACGGUCGAAGCGUGAAUGACGACGCAGAUCCGCGAGAGACGUACCAGAAGGCACUCAAGCUCCUUCAAGACCAGCUCCUACCCGUACGGGCGCAUGGUUUGCUCUUACUACGCGAGUUGGUAUCUUUCCCGACUCGUGCGAGUAUGGCCGAGCGAGAGAGGCUUGAGAAGGAAGCGACAAUACGUGCUCUGCAUCCUGCUAUCCUCUCCAUAUUCAUGCAAGCCAUCCAGGAGGACGACUCUUAUGUAUUUUUGAAUGCGGUGCAAGGACUGGCUGCCUUGGUACAUGCCCCUGGACCCAAUUCCAGACCUGAUACAGGGAACGAAGUAUUGAAAGCGCUUCUGGAUGCGUAUGCGAGGGGGGCAGAGGAUCUUGCUGAUGACGAGGCAGAAUUGGAUAAAAAACCCAAGGAUAGUGAAAAGGGCAGGGAAAAGGGCAAACGAAUGAGCGAAGUUGACAGGCGUCUCCGCAUCGGUGAAGCCCUCGCGAUUGUUAUAAGACGCUGUGGAGACGCCUUGGGGCUACAUGCGGACACGCUACUUCCACAUCUCCUUUCUCUCCUCCGCCAGCCACGCGCACCGGUCAUCUUACGCACGUCAGCGAUUUCCCUGCUCUCCGAAUGUAUCAACACUUGUGCACGUGUGGUGGAACGAUACACUGAGGAAAUAGCAGAGGGGAUGCUAGACUUAGUGUUGGUUGAGAUGACUAUGGCUACUCCCAUUCCUCGUCCCAAAGCUAAGGUGAAACAAAAGAGACCAGAAACGGACGCAGCAGUAGACACAGAAGUGGCAGAACCUGUAUCUGUUCCAACACCCCAAUACCAACCCGACCGCUCUCCAGACCCGCUAGACAUAUCCCCCUUGACCGCAUCCUCAAAAGUUCCAGCACUCCGACGCGCGGCGCUACACUUUCUCGCGCUUCUCGUGCGGCUGCUCACUCAGGAGGCAUAUGAACGCGGUGGCGGCUCCUGGAGCGGCGUCCAAAUCAGGGGCAUAUCUGGCGGGCAAAAAGGCGCAUAUAUGUCAUACGAAGGGGGACCACUAUCCCAGGAAUUUAUGAGACGCGCCUGUACGGUGUUGGAGUAUCUCGCAGCUGUGGAUGAGGAUACGAUCGUGAGGGUCAUGGCAAGGGAGGUUAGAGAAGGGCUGGAUGGGCUGGAGAAGGCUUUGGUAGGGCUGUGA